AUGACGCAGCUGCAGCCGGCCCCCGUGCCGCCCAGCGGAGAGCCUCAGAUCCCGACGGACCGCCAGGAGCCGGACCUGCUCCCCGUCUUCGCCCCCUACGGCGCCAUCGAGAAGCUGACUUUGGUGCGCGGGCCCGAGGGCAAGUCGCGCGGCUGCGCCAUGGUGCAGUACAAGCGCUGGGCGGACGCGGAGCGCGCCGCGGCGGGCGUCAACGGCACGAGCCCGCUGGUGGGCGGGCGCGGCCGCCCGCUGGUCGUGCACUUUGCCAACCCACGGCGGCUGGUGGGGUCGGCGGCCGCAGAGCCGGCCAUCACGCCGCGCAAGCUCUUCGUGGGCCAGAUCCCCAAGACCGCCAGCGAGGCGGAGGUGGCCGCGGUGUUUGCGCCCUACGGUGAGGUGCAGGGCGUCAGCAUCCUCAAGUCCAAGGGCAUCCACGCGGGGUGCGCCUUCGUGCAGCUCGCCACCUGGGCUGCCUGCGAGGCCGCCAUCGAGGGCCUGCACGAGCAGCGCGUCAUGCCCGGCUGCGAGCACGCGCUGGUGGUCAAGUUUGCCGACGCCAAGCGCCUGGACGGCCUGGCGGGCAAGGCCCGGGCCCAGGGCCUGAACCUGCUGGGCAUGCUGGGCCACCCGGGCAUGCUGGCCAACCACUCAUACAUCACCGGCGCGGAGCUGGGCAUGGGCCCGCCCCUGCCGCCGCAGUUGGGGGGAAUGCAGGGUGAGCCCGGGUGGGGGAGGGAGGUGUGGGCCGAUGGGGGACUGGGGACAGGCGACGGCAGCGCCCCUCCUGUGGGCCAGAGGGAGGUUGUGCGUCGGGGACGCUGCGGGGCCAUGGUGAUCAGCCGCGUGUGGGGCUGGGAGCCCAGUCAGGAGGACCGGCCUCCGGGUGCCACCCGACGCCCACCCCCCGACUCAUGCACCCCCCCCCCCAACGGUUUCCCGGGCCUGGGCGGCAUGCCGGGGCUCUUCCAGGUGGGCGGUGGCGUCAACCUGGGCCACCUGCACACCGCCCCCGGGCCCAAGCUCGGCGCCCUGGACGGCUCCUCCUCCGAGUCGCUGCUGGAGGCGGGGGACUCCGCGGGCCUGCCCCCGCUUGACCACGGCGUGGGGCCCGGGCACCUGGGCCUGCACCCGCCGCACGCCGCGCAGCAUCAGCAGGUGCCCCCCGCCCCCGGCAGCAUGCACAGCAUGCACUCCUCCAGCUCCCUCAUCAGCCUCCAGGCCAUGCAGUCAGGGCUCGGCCUGUCGGGCAUGGGCGUCCUUGGCGGGUACGACCACCUGGCACUGCAGCAAUUCAGCGGCAUGAUGGUGGGCGGCCCACCCCCGCAGCUGCGCCCCAUCAAGCUGGGCCGCGGCGUCGCCGACCCGGCGGCCUAUGCACACAAGCUGUUCAUCGGCCAGAUCCCCUUUGAGGCCACGGAGCAGGACCUAUGGGCCAUCUUCUCACCCGUGGGCGACAUCCUGGAGCUGGCCAUUCUGCGCUCCCAGGGCCGAUCCAAGGGCUGCGCCUUCCUGACCUACGCCUCCCAGGCUCAGGCCGCCACCGCCGUGUCGGCCUUCAACGGCCGGCCGGUGGGCGCCAACAAGAAGCUCGUCGUCAAGUUUGCCGACCAGAAGGCCUGA